GGAGCCGGCGCCGAGCUGGCGGAGGCGCCGCCGUGGCUGGCUGCGCUCCCCGACUGGGAGCCCUCGGACGGCCUCGCGGAGGCGCGGCUGCAGGAGCCGCCCCGGGAGGAAGGGCCUCCGGGGCAGCGGGAGCUGCCCGUCGCCGUGCCUCGCGGCACGCCGCCAGCUGGGCCGGCGCAGGGGUGGCAGGAGGAGCUGGCGCUCGUGGACAGUUCGGGGGAGUGGCUGCGGGAGAUGCAGGAGACCUUCUGGGAGAUCUUCGGCGCCCAGAACACCACCGCGGCAGAGGAGGCCCAGCUGCUGCACUCCGCGGAGGUCCUAUGGGGCGACUGCGUUUCACACGGGCAGCGCGGCAGGUACCUGCAGCUGGUGGACCAGGGCUUCCAGGCAGCCCGGCGGUGA